AUGUCGACCUCACGGAAGACUCGCGUGCCGCCAGCGACCGAUUUGACUGUAGACUUUCAAAGCCUCCUUGCAAAACGAGGGCAAGAUUAUCGACCAUCGUCAAGUUCAGCAUCAGCUCUCAAACCUCUCAAGCGCAAGGAUCCACCAGAGAAUGUGGUGCGAGCCCACAAGCAAUGGCUCGCACAAGCCUACAUCAUUCGCAAACACAUCAUCUCACUGCUAGGCUUUCUCUACUCGAUACGAAGAAAGUACCUUGCGCUCGGUAACAAGUCUCGCGUCCAUCACCUGCGAGAAGGUCAAGAUGGAGCAGACACACCAGAAGACAAUGAAGAAGGGGGUGCAGGAUCAGCCUUCACAAAGUGGAAAGCAUUCACAGGGCCACUGAGCGACACACAGAGAGACGAGAUCGAUUUUCAGAUCAAAGUGGUGAUCAAGCGAUGUCUGGAAAGCAUUAAGGAGCUAGAACGAGCAGAAGAAGCACGCAAGAAGAAUGCACCAAUAACACCGACAGCACUCUCGCCCCUCCACAGUCUUCUUGCUCUGUCUACCGCAAGAGACUCGUCGACGUCAAUCUUGGCUUCUUCGCUCAUCUCAGCGCACCGAGCUUCAAUCACACAGUAUCUAUCGACACUCUUGUCAAAAGCCUCAUCACUGCAGAGCGACAUGCAGGAAGCUCGACUCAGGGUUCAGCGCGAAAAGACCAAGUCGCUUGCCAACUCCAGACUGCAACUUCAAGAUCAAGCAGGCCUUCCAAGAUCAUCGGGCUCCUCAGGACCGGCAGUGAUUCGAGGCAGUGUUGGCGGCUCUUUCAAUCCAGAAUUAGAAUCAGAGUCAAGUCUGGUUGGCAAGGACAUCAGUGCGCAACUCUCAGCAUCACAGAUCGAGAUGUUUGAAAACGAAUCGUCCGAGCUGAUCAAGUCGCUGGAAUCGGAUCUGGCUGCGAUCAAGAAGGCUGAGUCGAGGCUGUACGAGAUCAGCGAACUGCAGACACAGGUGGUGCAACAGCUAGAGCAACAAGGUGAGAUCACGGACCAGCUUCUGGAUGAGGCAAUAGGAGUCGGCACUGAGGUUGGACGGGGAAACGAAGAACUGCGCAAGGCAAGGCAACGUAGUCGAGAAGCGGACAAAUUUCUUUCGAUCUUCCUCGUCGGUAGCGGUCUGGCGCUGCUGUUCCUGCACUGGAUGGACUGA